AUGAACAACCGGGGAAAACAGAUUGAUUCCGGCUCUGGCUCUGGCUCCGGCUCUGGAGAUAACCGUCGGACUUACGACUGCAACAUCUGCAAGAGAGGUUUCACGAACCCUCAAGCCCUUGGUGGUCACAAUAACAUCCACCGCAGGGAACGCGAAAGAUACUUCUCCUCCUCUUCUUCUUCUUCUUCCAACUCAUUUCCAUUUUCUCUUCCUUUACCGUCUCAUCAGUCUCCCUCCAUAAACUUCACAAACCCUAAUAUUAGCAACAACUCGUCUCCUUAUUCUCCCACCAUUGAUGAGUCAUACCACCACCUAUGGUCUCAGCCACCGUCUAGCCACAACAUGACACAAUACUUUGGAUCAUCAUCAUCAUCAUCAUCAUCAUCAAGAGGAGGAGGAGGGAGAUUUGCUCAUCAAGGGGAGUCUCAUGGUCUCAGUUUGAGCUUAGGGCUCGGAUACAUGAAUCACAACGAUGAUGAAACUCACCAAAGCCCACCAGAGACCGGAGGUUCUCAGCCUCAAGAUGAUGAUCUUGAUCUUGAUCUUGAUCUUCGACUCGGCCGUCAUCGUCAUCACUAA